AUGGGUCGAGCAGUGAUUUGUCAAGUGGCCGUACCUAACGCUCGUAUGCAGGUGUUCUCUAUGAGCCGACUCUAUCAGUGUGUAUUGUCGUGUGUCUUACUAUUCCUUUCGCCUUAUAUGAGAGUCACGUACUGGGUCAUCGUUCUGGGCUGCUUCCUCAUCGUUGGUGCGACCACGUUUGCUAUCGUCGCAAGAAGAACAGCACAUCUUCGCAAGAGGCUCACCAGUCCGUACAGUCCUGCCAAACUCACUCAGCACAAAGAGACAAUCGCCUGUUCCUGA